AUGACGACGAUCAUCGAUUCUCCUGCAUCGGACUGGAGCCCUCCGCAUUCUUCCGAGGAGGCAUCGGACUGGGAUUCACAAGACAGCUACUCAGAUAACCGCGUAGAAGACGAAGACUGGGAGCGCGCCGAGGGAGAUUUUACCAAACAAUUCAACCGACUACGACAACAUGUUGCCGUUCGCGCUGGGACUGCACUGGGAUCAUCGUCAGCUUUGAAUAAGAACACCUCUGUUGCACCAGUUCCUGCGAUUAACCACCCGGCGGUUAAUGCAAAAACAACAGCAUCUAGGGAACGGACAACAGAUCAACUUGCCGCUCUCGCGAAAUUUUCAUCCAAGAUCUCCAAAAUCGAUGUGCCAUACUCUGUUGGCGUCGGAGUCAACCGCAAAGGCCCCAGUGCUCAUGCAAAUAUGAAGGACAAGGCGGAUCGUGCGACAACAGAACAAGUCCUUGACCCACGCACACGAGUUAUUUUACUCAAAAUGGUGGGCCGGGGGUUGAUAGACGAAGUCAAUGGAUGCGUCAGCACUGGAAAAGAGGCUAAUGUCUACCACGCACUUACGCCUACGCAAUCACAUCUCGCUCUCAAGAUCUACAAAACCUCUAUUCUUGUCUUCAAAGAUCGCGACAAGUAUGUCUCUGGCGAGCACCGAUUCCGUCGUGGUUAUUCGCGCCACAAUCCCCGUAAAAUGGUCAGAGUCUGGGCCGAAAAAGAAAUGCGUAAUCUCAAGCGACUUCGUGCAGCUGGGCUACGCGCACCAGAACCAUUAGAAGUUCGAGAGAAUGUCCUUGUCAUGUCGUUCCUUGGUGAUCAAGAAGGGUGGGCGUCUCCCCGACUUAAAGACGCCGUCAUUCCCGAAGAACAGACAGCGAUGCUUUACGAGGAAAUGUUGAUCACAGUCCGCACCCUGUUCCAUCGGUGCCGUCUCGUGCACGCCGACCUUUCAGAGUAUAAUGUGCUCUUUCACGACCACCACCUAUAUAUCAUCGACGUCUCCCAAAGUGUCGAACACGAUCACCCUUCAGCAUUCGACUUUCUGCGCAACGAUCUAAAAAACGUGGAAGAUUUCUUCUCCAGAAGAGGAGUCAAGUGUCUAGGACUACGGCGGUCUUUUGAGUUUGUCACUCGAGAGGUAUUGCCUGAGCUGGAUGGGACCGAGUCAUUGGACGAUGUUCAAGAACUAGUGGCCGACUUGGGCGAUUCUGAUCUGCCACCAGUCAAGUCCAAUGCCUCUGAUGCACGGCACGCGACAUUCAUCUUGCGACGAUGGCUUUCAGAAUCACCUCCGCAACUCGAUGAAUCAUUAACUCCCGACCAAGACGCCUCGCAAGAAGACGCAGUCUUCUUCAGAUCACACAUUACCCGUUCUCUGAACGAAGUAUUUGAUCCAGAACGCGAUGCUGCUGCUGUUGCCCGCGGAGAGAACAGAGGACUUGUAUAUGCUGACGCUUUGGGUCUUGUACCGCGGGAUGACUUGAAGGCAAGCAACGUCGAAGUCAUAGAGGAAGCCGAUACCGAAUUCGAUGAUGAUGAUGAUGAUGAUGAGAGCGAAGGAGCUGCUGAAGACACUGGAGAUGGAUUUGAGGCGCGGCGGCCACGAGGACAUCGACAUGAAGAUCGUGAUGAAAAGAAGGAGCGGAAGAAGGCGGUCAAAGCAGAGGCAAAGGAGCGUCGGAAGCACAAAAUGCCCAAAGCGGAGAAAAAACGAGCAAUGAAGAAAGGCAAGUAG